CCUAACCUAACCUAAACUGCACCCAUCCACCACAAAUUAUUCAUAGGUAUGGCUUCCGGCGCCGCCGACUCACCGCCACCUCCUCCCAAAGGGCUCCGUAUGGAGUCUAUCGGCACUAUCGAUCUCAGGCAUCUGUCUCAAUCAGAACUCUACGAUCUCUCUCUCUGUUCUGAGGCCGCCAUGGAUCUCCGCCUCUGCGAAGACAUCGUCAUUCCUAAGAUCGACCGUUCCGUCUUUAACGAGUCUGCCGCCAGCCGGAGACAGACUUAUUCUCGUCUUCGCCUCGCCCCUCAAAACCCAGGAUCCUCUAUCGCCGCCGUCCCCACCGGAUCAACUGCUUCCUCUCCCACACCUCAAGUUCGUGAUGAUCCUGAGGGAGAACAAGAUUCUCGGGUUAUCGGGCUCUUCAAGGAGCUUCUCAAUGGAAGGGACUCGAUUCCUGUUCGUGUUGAAUUUAAUGGUUCAGUGGGUCAAUUGCAGAAUGUUCCGAAUGUGGUUAAUUCUGUGACAAAGAGAGGAAGAGGAAGGCCUCGAAAAAAUGAGAAUCGUUUGGCAGUGGUUCGACCGGUGUUUAAAGUGGCGUCUGCUGAGGUGAAGGUGGAUAAGAAAGAUGCAGCGAUUGUGAUUACUAUGCAGAAUGUGGUUAAUGUGGAGAAAAGAGGAAGAGGAAGGCCUCGAAAACACGAGAAUCGUUUGGUAGCGGUUGAAGCGAAGGUGGAUAAGAAAGAAACAGUGAGUGUGAUUAAUGGGAAGAGAGGAAGAGGAAGGCCUCGGAAAAACGAGAAUCGUUUGGCAAUGGUUGCGCAGGUGGGUAAAAUGGUAGAGCCGCUUGCGCAGGUGGAUAUGAAAGAAGCACAUAGUGUGAUUAAUGUUCCGCAUGUGGUUAAUGUUGGGAAGAAACGAGGGAGAGGAAGGCCUCGAAAAUACUUGGUUGUGCAGGAGGUGGAUAAGAAAGAAGCAGCGAGUGUGAUUAAUGUGCCGAAUGUUAUAAAGAGGGGAAGAGGAAGGCCUCGAAAAACUGAGAAUCGUUUGGUAUUGUUUACGCAGGUGGUCAAUGUGGUAGAGACACCUGCUGAGGCGAAGUUGGAUAAGAAUGAAACAGCGAGAGAAGACAUUGUAGUUGAUGCUAAUGUUGUGAACAGGGACGGCAGCACUGUCAACAUGGGGGUUAAAGAGGAUAACUGAAGCUAGUGAACUUGGGGACAUGUUGCCUAAAGGUUGGAAGCAUUUUCUUGCCAUCAAGAGGAAAUGAGGCUGUGUUUGGUUGUUCUGUCGCCGCUACAAAAGGGUUGUUUGCAAGAGCUUGUACUUGGCAAAUAUCUAAUUUGCAGCGAGCUGAUACUUUCUUUUGGCAACAACGAUAAUGCAGAGAUGACUACAAAUUAUAUGUGUGAUUUCUCAGUUGAACAUACAUUCUAUUAUGAGAAUUCAUAAUAAUCUUGAUACUGGGGUGGAUGAGAGCAAAAAAUUAAGGCCUAAUUUAUCAUGAUUAUUAAGCAUGUGAUGCUAGAAAUAGCUUGUGAUGUGGGAGGAGCUAGAAAAUAAUUAUGAGCAUGGGAAGUUGAUGACGAGUUUUGGAAGCAACAGUCACAAGAUGAUGAUAUGUGGGCUUCAGGUUUCUGGAGAACUUAAAUUUUGGCAGAAUCAUCUUCAUCUCAAAAGCAGCCCAACUUUAGUACUUUCCCAUAUAAGAUGAUAGAUCAAGGCUCUUUCCGAUACAGGGAAAUGACAUUUGAUUAUGGCGUGCAGAGAUUCCUUAUGCUAAAUCAGUACCUCCGAGGCGAAUCUAGGAGAUCUAAGAGGACUUGAAGGAUGAUUGAACGGUUUAAACAGUUUAAAGAUGAUUGACGGAGGAGAAUUCGACGGAGCGAAGGCGUACAAGGAUAGUAAAGUCUGUAAUAUGCUUACGAUGCAGAAAUUUCAUAGGCGUUAUCAUGAGGAGAGGUUUAGGGUUUGCGUCUUUGUAUCUAGGUUGUAUUGCUACGACUGGUUUGUUCAGGGAGCAUAUUCCUCUAUUUAGACUUCUGUUUCCGCCAUUUCAGAAGUAUAUUACAGUUCUGCGACAGAUGAUAGUCCUGAAAGAGUUUGUGUUUGCUGUACAAAAGUCAGGAGAUACAGUUUUAUCAAAAUGUUGUAUAAAUCUGCUUGAACUGGGAGGUUAACAGAAGUGUCUGUUAUUUCUUGAAAAGGCAGAGCAAUUGGCUAAAGAUCUUGAAUUAUUCGCGCAGCAUGCUGGUUGUAAAUCUGUGAAUAUGGAAGUUGUAAUCCUUACUGAUUGAUGCCGCUUUGCCGGAGUUAUUUACAGAGUAUAUGGUGGAUAUGAAAUGUGAGGGUUGUGUAAAAGCAGUCAAGAGUAAAUUAGAGUUCAUUGAAGGUAGGAUGAAUCGAUUGAUU